AUGUCGUCGGUCCCAGGUCGCAUUGAGGGGGAAAAGGAAAAGCGUUUUCGAAAGGCAAAAAAGGGAAGGAAAAUCCUCGCAGUGGGUGCAAGGAUGGUCGAAAAAGGUGAAGGCGCCCAUCAGGGUGAGAACCCGAUGGCGAAGGCUGCACCCAGGCCUGAAAAGCCACCAAGCGUGCCAGCUUGGUACACAGAGCUCUGGGAGAAUGGGUGUUCGAGUGUCCCUUUGGACCAAAUGGAUCUCCAACCUUUGGUGGAAUCGUCUGGUGAUGAUGUGGGGGAAAACAAGAAGAGCUUUGAGAAGCUCAGCCACCCGAAUUAUGACGUGUAUGAGCAUGGGAUGCCAAUGCCUGGCAAAGUGAUGGUUGUCUUGGAUAUGAGGUCCCAGUCUGGUGGAAAGUCUGUCAUCUGGGAGACUGCCAUGAAUGGAGGUUGCAUCUACGUUGAGAUGAGCCCUAGGUUGAGUGGUUUGGCAGUGGUCAUGUUUGUGCAGUAG